CACGUAAUCUACGUUUACACUGGUAUUUGUGACGCAGACACUUUCCAGUCGCGCUGUGAGAAUUUGCAGUGGUAAACAGGUCUUUCUUCGUGGUGAAAUAUCAGAUACUACAGGACAACUAUGAACUGGAGCAAGGGCGGGCCGAGUGGUAAGCGAGGUUUCGGUUUUGGGGGAUUCUCCCUUGGUGGUGGAGGAGGAGGAAAGAAAGAAGAACCUCGUUUGCCUCCGAAAUCACACACAUCCUUUGGUGCUGGAACAGCUGGAGGUUAUGGCAAGAACCAGCAGCUCCCUGCAUUCUACAAGAUAGGAACAAAAAGAGCAAAUUUUGAUGAAGAGAAUGCGUAUUUUGAAGAUGACGAAGAGGAGUCGAACAGCAACGACUUGCCCUAUAUCCCAGCAGAGAACUCCCCCACCCGCCAGCAAUUCCAGUCUGGAGGGGGCUCGGACAGUGAGGACGAUCCUCUGGAUGCUUUUAUGGCUCAGGUGGAGGACCAAGCAGCCAAAGACAUGAAGAAACUGGAGGAAAAGGAGAAGAAGUGUGAAAAGGGUAUUCGUGAUGACAUUGAAGAGGAAGAUGAACAAGAAGCCUACUUCCGCUACAUGGCAGAGAAUCCCACGGCUGGCCUCACAGCAGAGGAUGAGGAUGAGAACAUAGACUACGACAGUGAUGGGAACCCCAUAGCCCCCACCACUAAGAAGAUCAUCAUGCCUCUUGCCCCUAUGGACCACUCUGAGAUUGACUACCCACCUUUCGAGCGGAACUUCUAUACCGAGCAUGAGGAGCUUCACAGCCUGACGGGCACCGAAGUGUUGGAGCUGAGACACAAACUCAACCUGCGUGUGUCUGGGGCGGCGCCUCCUAAACCCUCCACCAGCUUCGCCCACUUUGGGUUUGACGAGCAGCUGAUGCACAUAAUCCGCAAGUCGGAGUACACCCAGCCAACUCCUAUCCAGUGCCAGGGUGUGCCUAUUGCCCUAAGUGGACGUGACAUGAUAGGCAUUGCAAAGACCGGGAGUGGCAAGACGGCAGCCUUCAUUUGGCCCAUGCUGGUUCACAUCAUGGACCAGAAGGAGCUGGAGCCAGGAGAGGGGCCCAUCGCAGUUAUCGUGUGUCCGACCAGGGAGCUCUGUCAGCAGAUCCACGCGGAGUGUAAGCGAUUCGGGAAAGCGUACUCGCUGCGCUCGGUGGCCGUGUACGGGGGGGGCAGCAUGUGGGAGCAGGCCAAGGCCCUACAGGAGGGGGCGGAGAUCGUUGUGUGCACCCCGGGUCGUCUGAUUGACCAUGUGAAGAAGAAGGCCACCUCUCUGCAGAGAGUGACAUAUCUGGUGUUUGACGAGGCAGAUCGGAUGUUUGAUAUGGGCUUCGAGUAUCAAGUGAGAUCCAUUGCCAGCCAUGUCCGGCCUGAUCGACAGACUCUUCUGUUCAGCGCCACCUUCCGUAAAAAGAUUGAGAGGCUGGCUAGAGACAUUCUAGUGGACCCCAUCCGUGUGGUGCAGGGGGACAUCGGAGAGGCCAAUGAGGACGUGACCCAGGUUGUGGAGAUCAUGCCCAGUGGAGUGGAGAAGUGGGGCUGGCUGACCCGGCGCCUGGUAGAGUUCACCUCCUCCGGCUCGGUGCUCAUCUUCGUCACCAAGAAGGCCAACUGUGAGGAGCUGGCUACCAACCUGAUCGAGGAGGGCCACAGUCUGGGCCUGCUACACGGAGACAUGGACCAGAGCGAGAGGAACAAGGUCAUCGCCGACUUCAAGAAGAAGAGCCUGCCUGUGCUGGUGGCGACUGACGUGGCAGCCCGCGGUCUGGAUAUCCCUUCGAUUCGCACUGUGGUGAACUACGACGUGGCUCGAGACAUAGACACGCACACACACCGAAUUGGCCGCACAGGUCGUGCUGGGGAGAAGGGUGUUGCCUACACCCUGCUCACCAAUAAAGACACCUCAUUUGCUGGGGACCUUGUGCGUAACCUGGAGGGAGCCAAUCAGAGUGUCUCUAAGGAACUGAUGGACUUGGCAAUGCAGAAUCCCUGGUUCAGGAAGUCCCGCUUCAAGGGUGGCCAAGGGAAGAGGCUGAACAUCGGAGGAGGGGGUCUGGGUUACAGAGAGAGGCCCGGCUUGGGGGCUGAAAGUUCUGACCGUGGUAGUAGUGGUUCUGUCAUGGCUCACUAUGAGGGCUACAGCAAGCCUACUACUGGAGCUAUGGGAGACCGCAUGUCAGCCAUGAAGUCAGCCUUCCAGUCCCAGUACAAGAACCACUUUGUGGCAGCGUCCGGCACGGUUCCUAAACUCAACACCAAGUCCAGUAGCUCUUCAGGCUGGACCAGCGCAGGUAGUCUGAGCUCCAUCCCUACAGGAGCUCCUGAGGGCCCAGACCGGCCCCGCGGCCCCUCUGUGUCCAUGGCUCCUCCGGCAGCCCUCAGCGUGGGCACCAAGAUGGCAGGCUUCACCCGGGCUGGCUCCUUGAGCUGCGUCUCGGACGGCCAGGCCAGUGUUGCCCAGGGUUACUCGGCCCCCGCCCCUCCUUCCCCCAGGGACGCGCCCCGUGACAGACACGGCGACGACCGAGGGCGCCAUGCAGAGGGCCACCAUCGUGACAGGAGUGAACGGAGCGAGCGGCACAGCGGCGGGGAGCGGGACCGCCACAUGGACCGUGACCGUUACGGGGACAAGGAUCGCCAUGGUGGCAGCGGUCGCCACGUCGAUAGUCGUAACGGAGACGGAAGCAGAAGGGACAGGGAGCGGGAAGAUUGGAGGGGGGACCGGGAGGGUGGAGACAGGGCUGAGGGGAGGGGGGACCGGGAGGGUGGAGACAGGGCUGAGGGGAGGGGGGACCGGGAGGGUGGAGACAGGGCUGAGGGGAGGGGGGAAAGGAUGGAAGACAGCUUUGCAGUCCCAGAUCCACCAAAACGCAAAAAGAGCAGGUGGGACAACUAAGGGACACUAUACGACAAAAAUAACAAAACGCUGAGAAGUAAGCAACUUACUGUUAGAUGAGCAUGCCUAGCCUGGAGGGACAGCUGGUUGGUUCAGCAGAGGCUGACACAUGUGCAGCAUUAGGGUUCAUCUGUGAGCCAACCCUAGUGAAUGGUUUAAAUAUGAAAAAACUAAGUUUGUCCCGCGUUGGUGGGGGAUUGACAGGCUCGUGAUUGUCCUCCUGUCUGAAGCUUUAUUGAGAUUUUGGUGGGGGUUCAUCUCGUGCAUGCAGACAGCUCCAAAAAAUCUCCUGUAAAUAUACCAGUAAAUGUACCCUCACCCAAAGUGAGCGUCUCAGUCUUAUCAGGUCGAAUGGGAAAGUGGAGAAGUCCUGAUGCCACAGAAACACCUGCGGUGAACCUGUGUUGGUUGUUGUGUUUUUAGUUCCUUUGUUACUGGACAAACUGCUCCCCUGCCAAAUCUGGUCCAUGUCUUGGCCCUCCAAUCCUUAAAGGACAUUUGCUUCAUGUAUUAUUUACUCAUGUUGCUGACCGCUUUUUGGCUGACAGGUCUUGUGUACUACUUGCUGUGAGUCUUUGUGUUGUGAGAAAUUGGAACUUUGCAUCCUGUAUUCACCUUUAUUGAAGUGCCUUCUCAGUGGCACCUGUGUGUUUUGUCUUCUUCUGAAAGUGGAGUCAAAGGCUGUGAGUUCUCAUCAACGGGUGGUCAUGUUUUGAAUAAAAAAAAUUAAAAAGAGUUCUAAGUAAGUUUUGACUUUGUCUAAAAUGUCCUUUUAUGUUUUGUGUAAUUUGUCAUUAGCAGUGCUAUAGCUGUAUUCUUGCAUUCUGUACUUGGCUACAACUGGUACUAGAGUUCUGAGCAGAUCUAUAAUGAACCUCUGUUUAGUUUGCCCUUUAACAAGUUGGGAUUUGCAAGAAAAAACUGAAUCCAUAUAGACCCUUUAGAAGCAGAUUACAAUAAUCAAGACUUGUAAAUGCUUUUGUCUUGAAAAUGACUAGUCAUAGGCAUGACAAUACCAGUGGUGUUCAGUUAUCUUUCUAUUACUCACAUGAUACAACAUGGCUUUAGGACAUCUGUGGAUAUGUUAGGUUUUCCAUUCAAUCCUUGGCACAUUUGCUUCUGGGUGUAACUUCCAUUGGGUUGAGACUUUCAAAUGUACCUGUAUCUACUCUGUGGUCUAGUUUUCUUGUAAUAAACUUGUGAUUUUUA